AUGAAACCGACUCCCAUAUCCGCCUUGCCUCCAUCCUGCUUCUACGUGCCCAACUUCAUCUCCUUGGACGAAGAACAGCAGAUUCUCGAUGGCAUUAGCAGACUGCCAGAAUCUAAAUGGACCGUUCUAACCCACCGUCGUCUUCUUUCUUUGCCGUCGGCUCUCACUGGCGCAGCAAGUAAUACUCUGGUUGCCGCUCCAAUGCCUACCUAUCUCGACCCAGUUGUUGCUCGUCUCAAACAACACGAAUACUUUAAUGAGACUACCCAUCGGGAGCCCAAUCAUGUUCUGAUCAAUGAAUAUAAGCCGGGCCAAGGAAUCAUGCCCCAUGUUGACGGCCCAUCUUAUAGCCCCUUGACCGCGACCGUGAGCUUGGCCAGCCACACUGUCCUGGAAAUCUACAGGAAAAAUCCGCACGGUGAACGUGAGACGUUGCCUCAUUGGCGAAUCUUACAGGAGCCUCGAAGCUUAUUGAUAACUGCUGGCGAAAUGUAUGAGACUACACUUCACGGCAUUUCAGAAGUCACCACCGACCAAGAUCUCAGUGCGGACAAAAUUGUCAACUGGCAUCUUUUAGGUGACACCAAGCCCUAUCAAUCAGGCAUGGCUAUGCGGCAUACACGUAUCAGUCUUACCUUUCGAGACGUGGUCAAAGUUGCGAAAUUGGGAAACGCCAUGAAGUUUCUGUCCAAACGGUGACAGUCAUGCACUCAUCAGUUCCUACCGCUCUUCCGCAGUUACGCUCUGGGACUGGCUGGCAUCAUCGCGCCUUCAGCAGCAUUGUUCUUGCUUUUGAAAUCGUCCACCAUCUCGGCCAUUGUCAUCCAUUCGACCCCCUCGUGUUUAUUGGGUAAGACGCCAAUAAGAAGAGAUUUUCUUACCACGGGAGAUGUCAGUAGUGGAAUCCUCGCCUUUGUACCAACCCAACCAUCCUGCGACAGCGUCAAUGUCCACCCCAUAUGAAACGAGGACUAUGUUCUUGGGUUUGGUCAUAUCAGGCGACAUGGCUGUGGUUGUCUUGUAUGGCAACUUGCAACUCGAUAUAAAAUAUACGUAGCGAGUAGCAGCUGCAACUAAGGCGACGUCGCCUACAGAGCUCUAGAAAUCAC